GUAAAGUGUCAUUAGCUGGCUUAACGUAUCCCCGGACUUAGACAAUGACCACGGAGCAGGCGGCUUGCUUUGAUGUAGCAGAUGCACGUUUCCUGUUACACGGAGCGUUAUGGCCAACCAGUCUGAUGACGUCACCUCGGCAAUGGGUCACAUCUGCAGUGGCCCUUCCUUUCAACAUUACUCAGAAAUGAAUCUCGACAGGAUCUACAUGGACUACAAUGCCACCACUCCCCUGGAACCACAAGUGAUCCAGGCCAUUUCUGAAGCCCUUCAGGAUGCCUGGGGAAACCCGAGUAGCAAUUAUAUAGCAGGCGCUAAAGCCAAAGCAACAAUAAAUCAGUCCAGAGAGAAUGUGGCGAGGAUGGUUGGAGGCAAAGCAGAAGACAUCAUUUUCACGUCAGGUGGAACGGAGGCCAAUAACAUGGUGCUGCACACGGCUGUGGAGCACUUCAGGAGAAGCCGUGUGGGACACCGGAACGAAAGCAGUGGCCUUCCUCACAUCAUCACCUCCAAUGUGGAGCACGACUCGGUCAAACUAGUCGCCGAGCACCUACAGAAAGAGGGCGUGGCAGACGUGACAUAUGUGCCCGUGUCAAAGACGACAGCCCGCGUGGAGGUGGAGGACAUCAUUGCUGCGGUGCGUCCCAACACUUGUCUUAUCUCCAUCAUGCUGGCCAACAAUGAGACAGGAGUCAUCAUGCAAAUCCCGGAGAUCUCUCAGAGAAUAAAAUGUCUCAACAAGCAGCAGGAGCGGCUCAGGAUCCUGCUCCACACCGAUGCCGCUCAGGCUCUGGGGAAAAUCAGAGUCGAUGCCUGUGAGCUGGGGGUGGAUUACCUCACAGUCGUGGGGCACAAGUUCUACGGCCCUCGGAUCGGUGCUUUGUUUGUGAACGGUCCGGGAACGAGAACGCCGCUGUAUCCGAUGCUGUUUGGAGGAGGACAGGAGAGAAACUUCAGACCUGGCACAGAAAACACAGCAAUGAUUGCUGGUUUGGGAAAGGCUGCAGAGCUGGUGACCUCUAAUCUGCCAGAUUAUGAGAGUCAUAUGCAAAGUACCAAACUUUACUUGGAGGAACGACUGAAGGCCGUCUUUAAAGACAAGCUCCGCUUCAACAGCCAUUACCCCGGCUCCGAUAUCCUCCCGAACACAUGUAACGUGUCCAUCCUGGGCCCUACAUUACAAGGCUGGAGGGUAUUGUCCAACUGUAGAAGGCUGUUGGCCAGCGUUGGUGCCGCCUGCCACUCAGACAGUGGAAACAGGCCUUCGCACAUCCUUCUGAGCUGUGGCGUCCCCUCAGAGGUGGCAGCUGGUGCCCUGCGGCUGAGCGUGGGCAGGGCGACUACCAAAGCUGACGUGGACGCAGUUGUGGAGGACCUAAAGGAGACCGUGCAGCAGCUGGAAGAAAUGGACUGAUGGCCUCCAUGUGCUUGUAGGUCAGAUAAGGUCAGGCGUGUAGAAUUAUGAACACGUCAUGUUAUUGGGACAUUUAGCUGAUCAUGCAAAAAGAAGUGUAAGAAAAAUAAUAAAAAGGGAAGAACUUGAA